UCCGCGGCCGUUGUGUUUGACGCGCACAUCUCCAUGGGCGAGUGUGGUUGGGCUUCUGUGAUUGGAGAUGCUGUUGCUCGAGGGGAUCUUGCCAAUCUACCCGAGCAACUCCAGUUCAGGCAGGGAUUGCCUGCCUCCAAGGUAGAGACUAUCAUCAGCAAUUCAGGUGAUGGUCUCAUUGACGUGAUCAAGGUCAUCCACUUCAACAAGCCGGUAUCCGCCCAGAUAGCGUCAUCUCUUUGUCGUGGAGAAGGCUUCGCGCCUGUGUUUCGUCCAGGCCCUUGGGCAGUCAAGAAGGCUUUCCCCUGGCUCCUCAAGAGGAUCUCCGGCUACCGCGUUCGUUGGAACACUCCAGAAGAGAGGCGCACGGAGUUAUUGCGCAUGUCUCAGUCCCAGACUACAUGGUCCACCGACAAUGAGAACUUCUCUGAGGGUAUCAGAUUUAUCAAUGAGCACGCACCAGAGUAUGAUGCCUGCAAUGAGCAAACCUAUUGGGUUCUGACUUGCACCAAACCUGACUCAGCUACUCCCAUCGCAGGGUGGCCAGAGACUAAGGUUCAGGAGGCUUUGUUUUUAGACGAUCCCUUGCUGUCAAGAGUAAGCAUCGCCGACUUCAAGUCCUUUGUCACCGUCGAUGAGGACGGGACCUGCGACGUAGGAGCUUCGAUCAACAACGCCUUCUACAACUUUGACGGGGACAGAGAGAAGGACAUCUUGGCCGUGAUGAAGCGUGCCAUCUUCUUCGUGUUCACCGAGUCUGCCCUGUACAUCCGCUUGCCAAGUGAGCAAAAGGAUGCCAUCAUCCAUCGUGUGGUUGUGGACAACGUCCACAAGGAUCUUAUCCCUUAA